GCGUCUUUAUCUUUACAGCAUCCUCUUCUUCUCUCUAACAGAAUCCUCAUCCUCUCUCUAGCGUAUCCGCAUCCAUACAGCAUCCUCAUCCUUACACCAUCCUCAUCUUUACAGCAUCCUUAUUCUUACAGCGUCUUUAUCUUUACAGCAUCCUCUUCUUCUCUCUAACAGAAUCCUCAUCCUCUCUCUAGCCGUAUCCGCAUCUAUACAGCAUCCUCAUCCUUACAGCAUCAUCAUCCUUACAUCAUCCUUAUUCGUACAGCAUCCGUAUUCUUACAGCGUCUUUAUCUUGACAGCAUUCUCAUCCUCUCUCUAGCCGUAUCCUCAUCCAUACAGCAUCCUUAUUCUUACUAUACAGCGUCUUUAUCCUUACAGCAUUCGCAUCCUUCCUUAGCGCAUCUUCGUGCUUUACAGCUCUAUUCCCAUCCUCCCACUCACACCAUCGUCACGUCACACCAACCUAUAAGAAACCUGACCACCAGCUCUGCUCGCCUCUCCGCCGCACACUCAGUGUGACAUCAUCAGCUACGUCAUCUGCUGACGUAGGCGCGCGUCGAAAUCGCGUGCAGACCCAUCGGCGUGGACAGGGUGAGUCUUACUGCCAACUACGAUCUUCCCAGUCGAUAGAUCAGCAUCUUCUAACGUCACUGUGAUAGCUUGACGAAUUAGAGGCGCGUCAUCAUCCUCCGCCGCCGGUGCUUCAGAGAGCAGGAAGGAAGGAGCGGGUUGCCAUCACCUCUAGUAGAUAGACACGUGUUCCGCUGACUGUCGUCGCCCGGGAGCCUGCCAUCGCCAUGACAGGCAUCUUCGACAUUCAACAGGUGAUGCCCUACCUGUACCUGAGCGCAGCGACGCCCGUCACCGCCGCCAACAUAGAUCGUCUGCGAAUCGCACUAGUAAUCAACGCGUCACGUGACCUCCAAGCUCCCGACCACCCGACUGUCGGCUACCUACAGGUUAAGGUGGACGACCUUCCGUAUGAGCGCAUCGACGAAUUCUUCGACAUGGUCGCCAUGCGCAUUGAGACCACCAGACGACAGGGCGGCAAGGCCCUCGUGCACUGCCGCGCCGGUGUUAGUCGCUCGGCGUCGUUAGUGAUAGCACACCUGAUGAAGUACGAAGGCAUGACUCUCAGCAAGGCCUACAACCACGUGAAGGAUCGCAGACGAUGGGUGGCGCCGAACGAGGGAUUCUGGAAACAGCUGAUCCAGUACGAGCGCAAGCUGUACGGCAGAACGUCGGUGAACAGCGGUGAUGACGACGCUGCCGCCACACCCGACUACUGCUUCGGCAGGUACCACACGGUGGCGCCACCUUCCGAGAGCCCGCACCGUUCUAGCAUCAACAGGAGUACAUCGCCCACGUGCAUGCUGAGCAGAGAAGCACCGGUCCUCGCUGCCUACAGAAGCAGCCCUAGUAUACCCUACAGCUCCUACAAUAGAGACCUUUCACCAAUCCGCACGGGUAGACGAAUGUAUAUGCGAUAUUAACAGCUAGACCAAGAGAUAUGCGAGUAGCCGUUCGUUAUAUAAAUAUAUCGUUUGUUCAUCAAUCGACUAUUCAUAGGCAUGAAUGGGUGAUGCUAUGCGUGUUUAUAGUCAUUGGUAUGCUAUGAUUGACAGCUGCCCGUUCAUAUAGAGUGAAUUGGAACCUAUAACAUGUUUUAAGGAUACAUGCAGCCUUUCGGUUUAGCAACAAUACGUCAAGAACAGACGCAUGCACGCAUGCACGUUUGUACACGCACGCAUGCACGUUUGUACACGCACGCAUGCAUAUACACGCGCACACGUGUAUACCACAAUAUGGAAAAUAACGCAGUGAACAGCAAAAAACGGCUAAAAGUGUUAGCAAAGAAACACAGAUUCACUAUGAUAUAGUAUCCCUUUAUUAUUCGCAAUUCAUCAACGAGGUACUUAACCACCUUGAUGUGUCUGCCGAUUAGAUACAAUACGCGUAUGGAGCGAAUCCACAAGCCACUAGAGAUCCUUAUAAUGUAUCUGUCGCAUCAGAGUUAUUUAGAGCGAGCGAGUGUCCGAGUAAUGACAUUUUAGAAACUCAGGGCGAAAUGUCACGACAAUACAUGGUGACAUUAAUAUCUACCACAUCCAUUAGUAAAUAACAGGUGUUUUCAUUCAGGUGUGCAGAUAUUCUUACAUCUCUCUAUAUAACAUAGGGCAACGUGCAAAUGUGUAACCAAGGAUAACAGCUAGCAUUUAGGCGUGAUGAGGUUGCUAAGAAAUGGUUGGUUGUACUGCAGUCACCCAUACAAAUAAUAGUCGUCCAUUAUGAUUCAUGUUGAUACAUUUCCCAUCUAUAUGUAUACAAUUUUAAUAAUAUCUUCAUAAUUAUUGUAUAUAUAAUAUAUACGUAUAUACAUAUAUAAUGUAUGUUUGAAUGAAAUAUUGUUUAUACGUUACUGUAACAGGAUUUUUUUUUUCACUCUUGAUGUAUGAUAAUUAAUCAAUUAUUUAAAAAAAAUGUACCUAAGGACUCAUACCAGAAUAAAG